UUCAAAUGAAUAAUGUAACGAAGUUGGCGAUUUCCAUUGUGAACAACCGUGGCCAAGCAGAGAAAGAAGGAACGAGGAAGUCGGUGUCAAAGGAAUACGAUGUUAGGCCUACCAAUGACGUUAAUUUCAGCCAUGCAGCCGAUUCGCUUUUCACCACCUUCAAAAUCUCCUAUGCCUUCACGACUAGUAAACCUCCAGUUACUGCAUCUUCUUCCUCCUUCUCAGUCCCCAUGUCUUCGUCUGUAUCUGUAUCCACCACCACCACGAACACUCUGUUGGUGACUUGGUCCCCACCUGAAGCACCAAACGGAGAACCUCUCGCUUACUUCAUAAAAUAUUCGUACAAGGACGCAUUGCAGGAAAAUAAAGAGAUUAUCAAAUGCCUUAGCGUGGAGGAGGCAAGGGCGAAGGGCUUCCGAUACGGAUUUAAAAGCCUACAGCCUGGCAAAUACAAAUUUUCCAUCAUGCUCAGAUCUGCAAGUGGCGAUGGCCUCUUCGUGCAAUAUGAUCAAGAAAUUUUGUAUACAGGACCAGUACAGCACCUCAUUACUUAACAAGCGUGACCACGUUUAUAUCUGUCACGCUCCAUUCUCCAAUUUAGUCGGUAUCACUAACAACAGCAGCAGACAAGCAGGAGUCGACAUGACUUCACGAAUCUGGGACCACUUUACUCAAUCCGACGAUAAAACUGGGAAAUUUUAAGGCUGAGUGUAAGCAUUGCAAAGCAAAACUCUCCUGCUCCAAGGAUGUAACUUCCAACCUACACAAACAUAUGAAG